AUGUUUGAAGAAGUGGAGCAAUGGUUCGAGUUGAACAAGGUCCAAGCUCCUGGUGCUCACACGAAUACGAGAUUGGAGAGUGAAGACAAAUGGAAUCCGCCUGAGAAUGGAGUCAUAAAGUGUAAUAUUCAUGCAAACUGGAGGAAUGCUCUUCUUCAUAGUGGUGUUGCUUGGAUUGCAAGAGAUCAGAUGGAUAAUGUCUCAUACCAUGCUCGUGAUGCGAUAACUCACGCUCCUAAUCGCUUUGUGGCGGAGCUCCGAAGCGUGAUAUGGGCUCUCUCUAGCUUGCGGGACCUAGGAAUAUCGAAAGUGACUGUUGCUGUGGAUUAUCACGAGGAAGAGUUUGAAAGUCUGGACUUUGAAGGGGAAAAGAUUUCGGCCAAUGGAAUCGCUCGAGACAUUGCGAAGAGUGUGCUUAGAGAUGGAAGAUUGCAAACAUACUUGGCUUUGGAGGGUCCUUCCUGGCUUCAUGAUCGGAUCGCUAGAGAAACAAUCAGAAGUGACUGUUGA